ACGUGACCCUCUGGAAUGCGGUGACGUCACCCAGGGGGGUCCAUUAAAAAAAAAGUUUCUUUUUUUUGGGAUGGGGCCGAGAAAAGUUUGACGCGAAGUUCCAGGCUGGUCUUUUCCCGGCCCGGCCGCCGCCCCGCUCUCAGGGGGGCUCGAACCUGCGCCGCGGCGGGGAGGCGGAGGCGGCAGCGGCGCUCCCUCGGCCGGCCCGGAGACCCCGGGGAUUAGCUGCUCCCACGAUGUCCGGGCCCACCUGGCUUCCCCCAAAGCAGGUGGGCGUUUCGGGGUCUCCCGGUAUCUUGGUUUCCGCUCCGGUGGCCUGCAAGCCCCAGAAGAGUUUCGCUACUGCCCCCGCUGCCCCCAAGCCCUUGUACGGGUCUCAGGAGGCCAACGGAACCAUGACUGCGGCAGGGACGGCCCCUCGGUACCUAACACCUGCGGCAGGGCCCCCGCCCCUCCCACAGGAUGCCACGCCCGACCAUCAUUACCCAGACAAAGAUGAGCGAGGACCGGGGGUCCCUUGGGGCAGCGCCUCUCCUCCGGGCUAUCAUGGGCAGGGUCCCUCCCUGGACCAGCGACCGGCCGGCUCCUCCAGCAUUGAUGUCCAGAUAGACACUCUCACCAACAUGCUCGUUGAUAUGGAGAGUUCUGGACACCGCCGGGUUGAGAGGCAGAGCGUGGAUUCGGCGCCCUACCCUCCUUCCGUGCCACACCCCGGUGCUUACAAGCCUGCAGGAGUCUACAAGCCCGGACCCCCGGUUGCCUUCCCUCCAGCCAAACCCGCUGCCUUCGCCGCCGACUCGUAUGCCAAGAGCGUGCCGUACGGAGGUCAAUCGUCGCAAGGGCCGACCUAUCCAGCCGCCUCGGGGCUGCCCUCCCAGUACGGCGCCCCUGCACCCAGUGACUCCUACGGAACGGGUUAUCACCGGGCGCCAGCUGCCCCCAGACCGUACCCUCAGCCGAUGCCAGCAUCCUACACCACGGCCUCUACCUCCGCCGGCCCGCAUUUCAACAUCCAAGUGAAGGUGGCCCAGCCGGUCCCGGGCUACAACCAGCCGAGGAGGAGGGCUGAGCAGGCGUACGGCCCUCCAGCCCCACAGCCUGGCUACGGGGCGAAGCCACCCCCUCAGUAUGCCUCGGAGCCAGGGCUCAGGACCCGACCCCACGACACGGACCCCUGGUACCCGGAGCCGCCGUCUUACGGCAAGAGGGCGGGCGAGGGGGAAUUCUACGCCAGUGCUGGAGGGCAUGCCAAGCUGGGCUCGCCAGGAGGGCAGUACCAAUCCGGAUUGGGGAAACCGGGAAAGGAAGAGUCGGCGGCUGUGUCCCAGAUGCCAGCCGGUGCCCGAGGGCUGAGAUACCAGCACCAGGCUUCCCCAAGCUGCCCGGAAGAAGAGCUGGAUCGACUGACAAAGAAACUUGUGUACGACAUGAACAACCCUCCAUCUGGCGAGUAUUUCGGUCGGUGUGCCCGGUGUGGCGAGAACGUGGUCGGGGACGGCACGGGCUGCGUGGCCAUGGACCAGGUCUUCCACGUGGAAUGCUUUACGUGUUCCACCUGCCACUGUCGCCUUCGGGGGCAGCCGUUCUAUGCCAUUGACCGGCGCUCCUACUGCGAAUCCUGCUACAUCGUGACUCUGGAGAAGUGUUCGAUGUGCUCCAAGCCCAUCAUGGACCGGAUCCUGCGCGCCAUGGGCAAAGCCUACCACCCCCAGUGCUUCACCUGUGUCGUCUGCCACCGCUGCCUGGACGGGGUUCCCUUCACGGUCGAUGCCACAAGUCAAAUACACUGCAUUGAAGAUUUCCACCGGAAAUUUGCUCCCCGGUGUUCAGUGUGUGGGGGAGGCAUGCAUCAUGCUGAACCGGGAGCUGGGUGAGGAGACUGCG